AUGAAAUAUACCUACAAAGACUCUAGUAGUAGUAAGACACUAAGUAAACAAAAUAUAGUGGCAAUUCUGAAAAUUAUAACAUCAAAGCCUGAAGUCUCUACAAAUAGCAACACCAAAAUGACAAAAGUCCAAAUUUCUACAAAUGAUAAAAUUACAUCAGCAAAGACUUCAACAAAUAGUAACUUUGACAAUAGCAGCUCCAAUAAUGACAAUUUAAGUAGUUACAAAACUAAAAAAUGA